AUCGACAUCACUUGAAUAAAAAGCAACCAACAGUUCAUUUUAAAAGAGAUAUUUAAACGUGUAGGUGACUAGGUUGGAUUGAACAUGAGUAACCACUUACUGGAACCAGCUUGAUAAAACAUAUCGAUGUAAUUGCAAAACUACAGUAGUUAUCACAACUAGGAUAAGGGGUAUAUUUACAAUUGCAGUUCUUUAUGAGCAACUGGUAGCCUUAUCUAGUAAACAAAGCCACCAAAUGGCACGAUGUGAAUUAAUUAGGAUGUGAAUUCAGGAGUAAAAUUUGUGGCAGAAUCACAGGAUCAGACAGCUGUGGACCACUGUGGCAUAACCGAAGCAGGAAAAACUACUAUGAACACGAUGGAGGCACUCAGGAGAACUCUUACUGCAGUCGUUGCACUUGUUGGUGCUGGUGUCAUCGAGACAGCAAGGAUCUGCCCUCUACAACAGCUGGAACUAGGUAACUCGACAGUGGCGACUAUGUACCUGUGGCAAUGCGUCCAACAGUGCUACUUUGAUUCGUGCCAGCCAUCAUCCUGUAGAGGACCGUUGAAGCUUAAGCUAAGAAAAGGUCACAAUAUAGAUAUGGGAUACCCAAUUAAUGGAUAUGAGGUCCAACUAAAAUUUUAUGGAAGUGGGGGAUGUAUAUCAUAUCGUAAAGAAAAUAGUGUAUGGGACAGGCCAAAGAAGGCAUACCGUUCCCGAGAUGGUGAGUGCAAGUCUACCUGCCUCUUCAACAAUUCUAAAAGACUUCUCCACUGGAGACAAAGUUCCAGGGCCGACAGAUCAUAUUAUGCAAAGGAAUUUUGGAAACUAUUCUUAUCAGCAAUGCCUGUAGGACACAGAGACGAUUUCAUAAGUGAUACUGCUACCACAAUCUCAAUACCAUCUAUUGGACUGUUCCUCAUCAUAACCUAUUCUAUAGACUUCAUGACGUAGGCUUGAUUAGACGACAGGGCGGUAUUCAAAGUCCUAAGUACGGUAUAUGAUACUUCUAUACACAUACAGUUACAUACAUACAAGAAUCGGUUAAUAAUCCUUACAAAGAGGGAUAUAUUGACAUAUACCUUCUGUAACAACAAAGUUGUUGGUGACAUCAAAGUAUCAAAGUGUCGAUGUUCAGCCUGAAUCACGUUUCAAACGACAUCAACUUACAUAACAGGACAUGAUGAAUAAUGUGGAAGUUUUUGAAAUGCUUCAUCAGAAGUAAGAAGUAUUCAGAAGGUCAAUGAUGUUGCCAU